AUGAGUGUACUUGGAGGUAGGUGUCGUCAGAUAGUUCAGACCGGUAUACGAUUUCAAUCAACUGUGGCUACAGGGAAACUUAUAGCUACCAACAAAGGGCUGUUUCCAAAAUUAGAAGACAUUUCAAUGAAUGAACUGAUAUCUGAGCAGAUUCCUUUUGAGAAAGGUAAAUAUUUCAUUUCGAGGAGUAAGACUGGGAACUUACCCGUAUACUCAGACACCAAAGGUGGUGGUAACAAACUUAUCACCGAGAUAAGGAAGAUUCAGGGUGAUGUCAUUCAGCUGCGUAACGACUUACGAGAACAAUUACCAUUUAUUCCAGAAAAGAACUGGAAAGUAUUGACACAAUCGCGUAAGAUUAUCAUUAAAGGUGAUGCAGUGAAACAAGUAAAAGGUAUUCUCACAAGAACUUUCUAA